AUGGGCCACCCUGGCGUGCAGCUCCAGCUGGUGCUGCUGUGGGCGCUGGCGUGGACACAGGGGACGGAGUCUGGGUGUCCCUCCUGCGGGGACCCCACACUGGCGCCCCAAGCAGAGCGAGCUCUGGUCCUGCAGCUCGCCAAGCAGAAAAUCCUGGAGGGGCUGCACCUGACUAGUCGCCCCAGAAUAGCGCACCCGCCGCCCCCCGCAGCGCUGACCAGAGCCCUCCGCAGCCUGCAGCUGGGGAGCCAGGCCCCUGCGGGGGGAGAGGAGGUCAUCAGCUUCGCUGCCAUCACAGACUCCUCCCCUUCGGCCUGCAGCGCCACGCUCUCCUUCCGCCUGUCCACCCCCCGCUCCCACCGGCUGCACCGCGCCCGCCUCUGGCUCCGCCUGCUCCCUUCUCCUCCCGGCGCGCUCCACUUGAGGAUCUUCCGAGGGGGCCCUGCGCGGAGGCGCCCCGGGGCCCGGGGCCUCCUGGCCGAGCGCCAGACGACAGCCCCGGGCUGGCACGCGCUGCCCCUGCCCCCUAGCGGCCUGAGGAGCGAGGCGUCCGGCGUCCUGAAGCUGCAGCUCGACUGCCGCGCCCUGGACAGCAACCUCACGGCGCAGCCUCGGCGGCUCCUGGACACCGCAGGAGACCAGCGGCCCUUCUUGGAGCUCCAGAUCCGGCCCAGCGAGGCUGGGGCAGGCCGGGCCCGGCGCAGGACUCCCACCUGCGACCCCGAGACGCCCUUGUGUUGCAGGCGAGACCAUUACGUGGACUUUCAGGACCUGGGGUGGCGGGACUGGAUCCUGCAGCCCGAGGGGUACCAGCUGAACUACUGCAGCGGGCAGUGCCCUCCCCACCUGGCUGGCAGCCCUGGCAUUGCGGCCUCCUUCCACUCCGCCGUCUUCAGCCUCCUCAAGGCCAACAACCCUUGGCCCUUGGGCACCUCCUGCUGCGUCCCCACGGCCCGAAGGCCGCUGUCGCUGCUCUACCUGGACCGCGACGGCAACGUGAUCAAGACAGACGUGCCAGAUAUGGUGGUGGAGGCCUGCGGCUGCAGCUAGCAGACUGGUGUCUGGGAGGAAGAGAUGGAGUUGGGGGUCCCCGGCAAAGGGCAUCCGUGGCAUCAGAUUCCUGAAUGGCACCCCCGCCCAGCGGGCCGCCUGGCUGUGUGACCGGGCCCACUCCGGGGGUCUCCAGUGACACUUUCUCAUCCAGACUCUGGUCUGCUCCAGAGUGGCUGUGCGUGGGGCGGUGGGAAAGUGCGUCCUCUGCAGGAGCCUGUCCAGA